UGCUCCUGAGGUCUCUGAUGAGCUGGGCCUUCUGGUAUUCCACAUCCGUUCCUAAUCCACGUCAUGCCAUUACUCACCCACCCACACACCUUCCAGUAUUGGUGGCUUGUGGUACCAACCACAUCCUUCCGCACCUUGCAAGCGGUUUUAAGUCGCGCAUCAGGUGUCGACAUCACUAUACGACUUGCUUCAUAUCAUCGAGUGUACUUAUUGCGAAACGCUCGGGAUAAUUCCAUACUGUAUUGUCUUUUCACGACGCUCCUGCGAAACGAAAUAUCACAACUUUCACGAUAUACACUUGCCCUGGCCACGUGGCAUCAGUCCACAUACUGGUGAGGGGAAAUUAAAG